UGUGUGUUUUGUGUUCAUGUGAUACAAAGGAGACGCGACGAUUCAAAGUUCACACCUUUGAGAGAUGACAGCAAUUCGCGUCUUCUCGCGAAAAUUACCAACUUUCGCUUCGAUUUUCUUCCAAAAUCUCACUAGAAAUCCGUCAAUUCAUCGAAUUUCAUUCUCGAAUCUAAAACCCAAAACGCUACUCCACCCAAUUCCGCCGAAACCCUUCACUGUCUUUGUUUCUCGGUUCCAUGACGGGAGACCAAGAGGUCCUCUUUGGAGAGGGAAGAAACUGAUCGGAAAAGAAGCCCUUUUCGUGAUUCUGGGUCUCAAGAGAUUGAAAGACGACGACGAGAAGCUGCAGAAGUUUAUAAAAACCCAUGUUUUCAGAUUGUUGAAAUUAGACAUGUUAGCUGUUAUCGGUGAGCUUGAACGACAAGAAGAGACUGCCUUAGCCAUCAAGAUGUUCGAGGUGAUCCAGAAGCAGGAAUGGUACCAACCCGAUGUGUUUAUGUACAAGGACCUUAUAGUAUCCUUAGCAAAGAGUAAAAGAAUGGACGAAGCUAUGGCUUUGUGGGAGAAAAUGAAGAAAGAAAACCUCUUUCCUGAUUCUCAGACUUAUACUGAGGUUAUCAGAGGGUUUCUUAGAGAUGGAUGUCCUGCUGAUGCCAUGAAUGUGUAUGAAGACAUGUUGAAAUCCCCAGAUCCGCCGGAAGAGUUGCCGUUUAGGGUUUUGUUGAAGGGGCUUCUGCCGCAUCCGCUUCUUAGAAACAAAGUGAAGAAGGAUUUCGAAGAGUUGUUCCCUGAGAAACAUGCUUAUGAUCCACCAGAAGAGAUAUUUGGUAGAUGUUGAGGCUCUUAACAAUAUCAACAGGGGAAGUCUAUCUUGAUCAAGAUCCAGAGUGUGAUAUUGAAGUACCAGUAGAUCUGAGAAAGUGGCGAAACAAAUUGUUACUUCACAAGACAAAAGACUUAGUUAGACGAACCCGGAUUAUGUAGCGACUUCUAUUCCUUGUUAUGAUGUUUCACAAUAUUAGGCAAAGACCAAACUUUUGAAUCCAUCAUCUUUAUGUAGUGACUUCUAUUCCUUGUUCUGAUGCUUCACAAUAUUAGUCAAAGACCGAACUUUGUGAAUCCAUCAUCUUUAUAGUAAAAGAUUCUAAGUUGACAACUUUUCUA